AUGUUAGAUGAUGAACGAUUUACAAAUAAUAAACAUCAUUUAUUUGAUUCUCAAUCAUUACAAACAAUUCAAAGAAAAAUUAGUAAACAAAAAACUGCUGCAGAUGGUACUCAACAAUUUGAUAUUAUUCCUUCUUCUGAAAAACAACUUAAAUAUGAUGAUGGUAAUUUACGUUUUCAAACUUCUGCUCAAAUUACAAUUAAUAAUACUGAUCGAGAACCAAUUAUUCCAUCAAAAAUCUUACGUCCAUCAGGACGUUUAAGUCAUUUAAAUCAAAAUCAUACAAGUGAAUAUCAAGGUCAACAAUUACCAGGUGUUGGUAAUCUUCGUGAUCCAUUAUUAGAACGACGUAUAAAACGUGAUCGUGCUGCAACUCAAAUUCAAGCUGUCUAUCGUGGUUAUACAGUAAGAAAAUCACUUCAUUGGUUUAAUGACAAACAACAACAAUUACAUAGUGAAUUUAAUAAACGACCAAUUUCUAAAUCAACGAAAAUCUCUUCCUAUAAAACAAAUAUGCAUGAUACACCAGCCACAAGUUUAGAUAUACGUUUUACUGAUGAUAAUUUUACGAUUGGUUCAACACUUUUACGUCAUUUUCAACGAAAUGGAACUCAUACAAUGCCAUUAAAAACUUCGGUACAUCCAUCUAUAUCUGAUAGAUAUGAACAUCAACAAAAAGAAAUAGAAAAAUCUACAUCAUUACAAAAUUAUUCAGAUGAUUAUGAAAAUUUGUCAAGUGCAACAUCAUCUAUGUCAAUUCACCAGCAACAAACACCACAGAAACCUCGAAUUAUUCAACAACCAGUAUCAAAUACGGAAAGUACUAGUUCUCCAACAUCAUCAUCAUCUUCAACCAGUAAAACUCCAACACCUGAACCUAUUGUACCUUCUAAUAUUCAACGUCGUCGUUCAAUAUCCCCUCCUAUACCACCAGUAAUGUCUCCAGAUAAUGGUCGACCUGUUCGUCAUUAUCAACGUCCUCCACGAUCACAACCAACUUCUAAUCGAAUAUUGGAUGAACGUCGUUAUUCACCUGAUGCACUUGAACGACAAUUAAAUGCUGAAUUACAUUUACUUGAUGGUGUUGAAGCAUCAAUGAAUCAAGUUGAAAAUAUGGAACGAUUAAGAUCAGUUGCACUUGCACAACAAGAAGUUGUUUCACUUGCACAAGUGUUAAAAAAUAAACCUUCAACAGAUAGUGUACAUCAACAACCAAUACGAAAAUCUGCUCCUCGAGAAGUUUCAUCUGUGUCUUCCACCGCCUCCUCAUCAUCAUCAUCAUCAAGUCGAAAACAUCGUUCACCUUCACCUAAACAACCAUCAUCAAAAAAUAAACAUUCACAUCAUCGAAUUACUCAAUCAUCUAGUUCACCAUCAUCAACAUCAUCGGAUCCAAUCUUUACUAAACGUGAAAAACAUGUACAUCAAAAAUAUCAUAAUGAAACUGAAUUGCAAGCAUAUGAAAAACGUCUAACAGAUAUUGAAAAACAAAUUCGUAUACUUGCGAAAAAUGCACCUGAAAUACACGAUGAAAAACGAAAUAUUUCAACUUUACGUGUACCACCAAAAUCAAGUAAUGAAUCAAGUAUUAGUGAAGAUUUACCUAUGUCACAUAAAUCAUCAAGUUCAACAACUAGUACAAUUCAACGAAAAACAAAGAAUGGCACUAGUGAAAUUCAUACAGAAACAGUUGAGAAAGAUAGUGAUUCAUCAUCAGCAUCAAUUCAUCAACAACAAUCAGAUACUAUUACUACUGAUGCUAGUGAUAUUGAACGUCGUAUACGUUCUUAUCGUGAACAAUUAAAACGAAAACAAAUGGAACUUGAAAAAUUAAAACAAGAAAAAACAAAAGAAGCUUUAAGAAAAAAAGAAGAUGAAUUGAAAAAACAACUUCAAACAACUACUCAUGAAAUUGAAACAUUACGUCUUCAACCAGCAUCGCCAAAAAUACAGCCAGAACCUAAAAUACCUGUUUCUUCACAUCAAACACCAUUGAAAUCCAGAAGUAACAGUAGUAGUAGUAGUAGUACUUCAACAGCAACAAAACCACAAGAAUUAAGUAUAGCUGAGGAUUUACCAGUAACAACAGCUUCACAAUCCAAAACUGAUAUUGUUGAAAAACAAAUUGAACAAAAUCUUUCAACAGUAAGGAAACAACGAGACUUUUUUGAUGAUGAUGACGAUGAAGAAGAAGAAGAAGAAAAUAAAGCAAAAGAACCAGAAUUUAAACCUUUAGAAACACCACGUGAUGAACGAGAUACACAAAAUGAUGCUCAAUCAGUGUCAAUUGCUACUGAUUUAGCUGCUUCAUCAGAAACAGACAAUGAUAAUAGUCGUCGACCAAGUAUUGAUAAUGAAAAGUCAGUAUUAAAUUUAAAUACAAAUCUUCCUUCACUAUCAAAACCACAAAAAGACUCGGAAUCUUCAAUAUCAUCAUCAUCAUCAUCGACAACAACAGCAUCCAAACAACAAGUACAAUCACGAUCAUCUGAACGAAAACCAUCACCAGUUGCAAAUGAUUAUGAUGAAGAUUUUUCUGAGACUAGUCAUUCACGAACUACACCUUCGAAAGAAUCUUUACCAAAACCAAAUAUUGAUAAUAUUGAUAUUGAAUCAAUUAAAGAAGAUCUUAAUGAUAAACAAUCAUUACAUGAUACAAAUCAAAGUUUAUCAUCAAAAUCAAGUGGUGAUGAACAAUCCGAAAUUCUUGUUCUUGUUAAAAAAUCAGCUAAUAAUACACCUCGAAGACAAGAUGAUAAAACACCUAAUGAAGAAGAACGUUUUCGUUCGCCUUCUCCACCUCUUCCUCCUCCUGUGCAAGUACAACAACCUACAAUUGAUUCAUAUAAUAAUGAUGAUACUUCACAUGAUAUAAGCGAUGAUGAUGAACCUAAUGAACGUUUUGAACAAGAACAUAAAAUAGAUAAAUUAACUGAAUCACUUAUUCGAACAUUUAUUGAUGAAGCUAUUGGUCAAGGAAAACAAAUUGAACGUUUAAAAAACGAAACAAAUCUAUUAACACAAGAAGCUAAAGAAUGGAUGUCCGAUGAUGAUGAUGAUGAUGAUGAUAAUGAACCUGAAGAAGACAAUUCGAAACCAAUGAUUGAUGAAUCAAAUGGCUUUGCACUUGAUCUCAGUCGAUUGGAUGAGAAAAGUUGUAAGUUUUUUGUUAUAUUUCAUAUUUGAGAGUCAGAUUAUUUAUCGUAAAUGAUAGUUUUUUUAAUUGAUAUAUUGAGUUAUGCAUUAUAUUCUUUUGUGAUAGAUUCAUAAAAUUUAACUAUUAUAUAAAUAUUUGUACUAAUCAUGAAUAUUCAAUAAGAUGAGAUUUAUUUAAUCAUAAAUCGUAGCAUCUUGUAUUGACAAAUUACAUAGGAGACGUCCUUUUUUUAAUAACUCCUUCAUCGCGCUCGAUGUUUAAUAUAAAGAUGUGCAGCAUAAACUUCUCCUAUAUCAUAACUAAGAAAAAUUUUGUGUAAUUUUUACUUUACAAACAUUUUUUUUUUCUUAUUAAUUUAAAAAAGUAUUCAAAUAUAAUUUCUUUUUGGAAUUUCAAUUAAACAAUAUAUUAUCACUUGAGUUUUGUCGUCAUUUCUCUUGAAUCCUUCUUGUUGCACUGAAUAUUCUUUCAUUAGUAAGAAAACCAAAUCUUGUAUAAAUUAUAGCCCAUUUUUUUUUUGACUAAGCUAAUAUAGAUUCUUCAUUGUUUAUAACUAAUCUAGCUUUAAUAUUAAACAAUGAAUUUCAUCAUCUAAUCAUCAUAUUUUGAUUUCUUUUUUUCGAUAUUUUUCUUGGCUUAAUAGUAUUUACUAUCGGAUUUAGUUUGAAUUUAUUUUACAUUUAUCUGUCUAGCAAUAAAGCCCAAAUACUACAUCGUCCUUCAAACAAAGUAUUUGGGCUUUAUUGCUAGAUAGACUAAUAUAUAAAAAUAAACUCAAACUAAUAUUCUCCAGAUUCAUGUUGACACAGUAGACUUGUAUUAGUUAAAAAAAGAUUCUAGUGAAUAGCUUUGACAUAACCUUGAAGUAUGGAGUUUUUACUUUUCCAUUCUUGAAAACACUAAAUCAGUACCGAAGAUCAAAGUUCGACAAUACAAUUUUAUCGAAAAAUUGGAUUCAUACACAGAAAAUUCACUAAAAAGUCAAUAUUUUGGUCAAAUCUUACCAUUAACACGAACUCUGUCAAUGAUGUUCUAGUCUAUCGAUCUCCUAUGACUGGGCACAACAUAGGCUCAAAAGAAUUUUGAUACAUUCACGGCUAGUCGAAUAAUAACACUUGAAAGACGUCAGCCAAUAACGAUCGUCUUUCUACAGUCCUGUGAAGAUGAUCAAAGAACCAAACAAUGACAUGAAUAGAGGUGUAAGCCGAAGGGUCAAACAGCGGCGGCUGUUUUAAUGAUUUAAUUUGUUUUCCAUGGCGGCGGCGCAGCUGGAUGACUGACACAUCUAGACAUGAAUAUGCCAUGACUUCGACGAUUCUGUUACUCUAGUUCUCUUCUACAACCCUAGAUUUUCACCCUUCCCCUAUCUUGUAAAAUAGGUUAUGAGAACUUGCACAAUUCAAAGUUUAAUAUAGAUGCGCAAGUCCCAUAGAAUUAAAAUAAAAUGUUAGUUCAAGCGACCAUAAUACCUUGAUUCGGAAACACUUGACGGUCAUUUACUAUAGAAAAUGAGGGAAACAAAAGGAAAUUACUCUUAUGAUAAUACUGAAAUCAAUUAAUAGGAGAACCUAUGGUAGCGAGAAAGUAAUAUAGUAUUUAAAUUAUUCAUGCUAAAUAUAAAAAUCAAAUUUUCUUUGAACUAAAAGAGAUGAUUUCCGUUAUGAAUAAAUAAAUUAGUUCUAUAAUUAUGAAUCUAUUUCAUUUUAUUUCUCAAACUAUUUAAAAUUCAAAGUACAACAAAAGUUAUCAUAUUUUUAUUGAUUCGUGUUUACUUUAAUGAAACGAAUCUCGAGUAGUAUCCUCAUCCUUCAAUCGCAUAUAGUUUAAACUUAAGAUGAUAACAAAAUCAUGAAAAACAAAAAUGAACUUACUUUUGUUGGCUCAACCAUGAUCCUCCUCAGAAACAUUAAUUUUCUAAUUUCGACUGAAAAAAUUUGCAUAAAGAUAAACUUCAACGAGAAUUUUUUUUUUUAUGAGAAUAUACAAUCUUUUUAUUGUUCUUAUCCUAAGAUACGGCUAUGCUAAGAACAUAUCUAUUUACACCGUUCAUAUAUAUUGGUGGAUGCGAUGUUCGUAUUUCAAGAUAGAAGCAAAUCGAAAGUUCUGAAAUUCUCAUAAUAAAUUAUUUUUGUUAAAGUCUGUCUCUAUGCAAAAUUUCAAGUCGAAAUUCAAAAACAAGUUUUUUUUUGAUAUUCCUAAAAUCGACAACAUUAUAGAAUUAAAAAAAAAUACUAUUAAAAUCCAGUAUCUCCGCAAGAAUAAGCUAAUCAUUCGAACUCUUCUCAAGGUAUUCAUAACUCAAUAUGGUCUAUAGAAGACAUAAAGUUCUUGACUGAAAAGUGAUAAAUUAAUUCUAACGAGGGAACCGUUCCAAGUGAUUCACGCCGAUUUUGCUUAUAUUUUGCCCAUAUGUAGGGGUCAGUAUGCUAAGAAAAAGCCUAAGAGGAUUUGGGCCCAUGUUGCUUCUUUCGAA